ACAUGGAGCUGGAGAGUAAGCUGGCCGAUUACGAACGUGAGGUCCUGUCCGGGGCGCCGACCCGCGCCAAACGCUCGCCGGCAGAGUGGAUCCCGCGUCCGCCCGACAAGUACAGCCUGUCCGGACACCGCGCCCCUGUCACCAGGGUGCUGCUGCACCCCGUCUACAGCCUGCUGGUGUCGGCCAGCGAGGACGCCACCAUCAAGGUGUGGGACUACGAGAGCGGCGACUACGAACGCACGCUCAAGGGUCACACGGACAGCGUACAGGACAUCGCCCUGGACCACACGGGCAGCUUUCUGGUGUCGUGCAGUGCCGACAUGUCGGUCAAGCUGUGGAGCUUCAGCGGCCACUACGAGUGCAUCAAGACCAUGCACGGACACGACCACAACGUGUCGAGCGUGACCUUCCUGCCGGCCGGCGACUUCAUCGUCAGCUCGUCCCGCGACAAGGUCAUCAAAAUGUGGGAAGUGGCCACCGGGUACUGCGUGCGCACGUUCGCGGGCCACCGUGAGUGGGUGCGCAUGGUGCGCGUGCACCCGGACGGCCAGCUGAUGGCGUCUUGCUCCAACGACCAGACGGUCCGCGUGUGGCUCAUCAACACCAAGGAGUGCAAGGUGGAGCUGCGUGAUCACGAGCACGUGGUGGAAUGUGUGGCCUGGGCGCCGCAGUCGGCCUGGCCGCAAAUCAGCGAGGGCGCGGCCGGCGACGAGAAGAAGUCGCCGCACCACGGGCCGCUGCUGGCCUCCGGCAGCCGCGACAAGACCAUCAAGAUCUGGGACGUCGGCUCCGGCCAGUGUCUGUUCACGCUGAUCGGCCACGACAACUGGGUGCGCGGGCUGGUGUUCCACCCGGGCGGACAGUUCCUGCUGUCCGCCUCCGACGACAAGACGGUGCGCGUCUGGAGCCUCAAGGCCAGGCGCUGCCACCGCACGCUCGAGGCGCACCAGCACUUCUGCACGUCGCUAGACAUGCACGCCUCGGCGCCGUUCGUGGUCACGGGCAGCGUCGACCAGACGGUCAAGGUGUGGGAGUGCCGCUAGGCGGCCGUGGCUGCGGUUCCGGCUGGGCGGCAGUCUGACCCGACAGCACCUGUCGGUCGGCGCGCCGCCGCCGCCGCCGCCACUUGGUGUCGCACACCGUCCGCACGGCGUGCCGCGGUGCUUCGUUGUCGUCACGAGAGCAAAGCUUUAUUCUGUUAGGCAUUUUUUUUUGCGAGGCCUGCGCUGCUGCCUUUUCGGUCAGUGCGUCGUUGGUGUCGUCCACUGUGAUCUGAGCUGCUCGCACGCUCCGCGCUCUAGCUCGCCGCCCUCUGAGUGGGCUCGACCGGCGCUGCUGUUGCGGCUGCCACCGAGGUCGCCCCCACCGCUCCGCUGGCGAAGCCGUCCCGCCCGCCCGCCCUUCAGGCCAGACCGGGCGGCUGCGGUCGGCCGGGGGGCACGACAGCGGACUGUGAAGGCAUUUCUGCGCCGGGCGCUGAUUGGCUGUGGAGUAAAUCGUGUGAGCUUUUGAAGGGCAGGAAUCGUGUCAUCGGCCGCGCUGACGGAAGUCGCGCCGUGUGAGCGAGAGGAAGGGCCGUGUCGACGGCUUGGAGCGGUGCGUUGCGCGCCGUCUAGGACAGGAAUAGGGAAAGUGAUGUGCUAUGUCGUGGGCGGGGCUGACUGGGCCGCCCUAGUCACCCCGGCUCCCAUGACCCGCUUGUCCAGCCGCACGCCCAAACGCCCGGUGUUGUCCGCGCAAAACCCGCUGUCUUGUUUGGGAACACUCGCGGAAAUGUGCUGCGCGCCCAGUGACACCGCUGGAGCCCGGACGUGCGGCGCGGCCCUGCCGAUGGCCGGCGGCCGUCGGUGGCGUCGCUGCACGCUCUCACGAGUCGUGGUGUCGGCUAUUGUUUGCAUAGUGAUAUUGGCCUGUCUCAA